AUGAAAGUUUUUAAUCAACUGAAGCAAAUAGAGAAAGACGUAGAAAAACUGAAAGAGCAGACACUUCAAAUGAAAUGUUUUGCAUUUGACCUGCAAGUAUUUCUAGGAACGCGCCAAUUAAACAAAACAAUUAGUAAAAAGAUUGAAUCACUCAAAGAAGAUAUCAGAAAUUGUACGAACAAUAGAAUGGAGAUAGCGGUCAACCGCAGUUCCUUGGUGAAUGAGGUAAAACUGUUUGGAGAAAUCAAGGUUAUGAAAACUAUAGCCAAUCUACAAUUAAAAGAUGCAAAGAUCGAUCAGGCUCAGAUACAGGUACACGAAUUAUCGCAAAAUAUUCACAAUGUCACUCUGCAGCUGGACCAGAAGUUUGAUAUCAAAGGAUCAGUACAUCCAAUAUCUGGCUGCAUCAUCUUACCAGAUGACCGAAUUAUAUUUGCAUACUAUAGAGGAUGUGGUAAAUUAAUGGAAUACAAUAACAAUGGUCAACACAUACGUGACAUUCCUGUCUAUCAUAAACCGUAUAGCCUUACAUUAGUAGACGCUGACUGUAUUGCUGUUACAUAUGGAACAUCCGAAUACCUGGAGAUUAUAAACACUAAGAAUAAUAAUGAAAGGAAGAAAGUGAAUUGUUAUAGUAGUUGCUAUGGGAUAUCUUACCAGGAACAAAAGCUGUAUGUUGUUGUAUUUAGACAAGGCAUAGUAGUGAUGGACUUGAAUGGAAAGCAAUUAAAUACAAUCGGUAUCGCUGAUUCAUAUGUAUAUAAUAUAACAACGACCAGUGAUAGGAUAUACUAUACAGACUUGAACAGAAAUGCGGUACAUUGCUGUAGUAUGACAGGACAAGAAUUCUGGGUUUUCAAAGAUCAUUCUAUUAUCGAACCGAGAGGGUUAUCAGUGGACAUGAAUCAGAACGUAUAUGUUGUUGGUGAAACCUCAAACAACCUGACAGUAAUGCAACAUGAUGGCAAAGAUAGCAAAGUCUUACUGACUGAUCGGGAUGGACUUGAAGCUCCUUAUGCAGUGAAAUACAACAAACGAAAGAAGAUUGUCUGCUUAGGCUUCAAGGCAGGAAGCAUUGCAUUGUACCAAGUGUCGUAAAAAAAAAUACGCGCAUAAGAAAGAAGUCCUUACUGUUUGUAAUGUUUUAAUUCUAAAACAGUACUGGUAUUUUCCAAGUGAUAUAUGCUAACCAUUGAGGAUGUCAUAACUUAAGCCGCAGUGUGAACGGGGUAGUGGAGCAAAUGGAACUAGUUUUCGCAUUGUCACCAUUUUUAUU